AUGAGUUCCUUUCAGAAUCUGAGAGAGAUGGUCAACGAGCGAUUGACUGCUGCUGCUGAAGAAAUAUUCACAGAGUUUGAGAAAACCAUCGUCCAGUACGAGGAAGAGAUCGAUCGUCAGCGCAGACUGCUGGACAACAUCUGGAAACCACAGACAACGAUACACACGACAGACCUCCCACAGCACAAUGUUUGUCAGAAAGAGGAGGUUCUCAUUGAGCAGAAGCUCUGUAACCAAGAGAUGAAGUCCAAUUUGGACCAGGAGGACCUACAACCUCUACAGAUUAAAGAGGAACAGGAAGAACUGUGCAUCAGUCGAGACCUGGAGGACCUAAAACCUCCACAGAUUAAAGAGGAACAGGAGGAACUCUGCACCAGUCAGAAGGAGAGGCAGUUUGUUGUAAAGCAGGAGACAUUUACCAUUAUGCAACUUCAGUGCAAGUCCAAAUUUGAAGAAUUAUCUGAAGAAAUAUUCAGAGUCUUUGAAAAAGCAGUAAUCCAGCAUGAGGAAGAGAUUGAUCGUCAGCACAGACUGCUGGAUAUCAUCUGGAAAUCUGGAAUACAGUUACACAAUACAGACCUCCCACAGCCAUGUGUCUGUACAGAGGAGGAGGUUCUCACAGAGCAGCAGCUAUGUAACCCAGAAAGGAACACCAGUCUGGACCAGGAGAACCCAGAGCUUCCACAGAUCCAAGAGGAACAGGAGGAACUCUGUACUAGUUUGGACCAGGUGGACCCAGAGCCCCCAUGGAUUAAAGAGGAACAGGAGGAACCCUGUACUAGUUUGGACCAGGAGGACCCAGAGCCCCCAUGGAUUAAAGAGGAACAGGAG